AGUGACAAAUUCUAGCGCAUGCCAGCUAAUCACCCUCAUAAAACUACGCCAAUUCCUCCAGCUAAUCACCACCAUUAGACCGCAAUUUAAGAAUCUCCAAAAAAAAAAUCAUUUUCCCAAUCUCUGUCUCUCUUUCGCAGACUUGGUUUCAUUUCAAGCACAACGCAGUUUUUAUUAUUAUUUUCGAUUGCUCAAAUGUAGAGUUGAGCUCGCAGAGAGAAACAAGAACGAAGGCUUUCUUCUCUUCCACCUUACAAUCUGCCAACGCAGAAGAGGGAGUGAGAUUUAUCAGAGAGAGAGAGAUUCGGUGGCACCCGACGACCCGAGCACCCAUGUCUUCGGGCUAUAACAGUCCGGCUCGGAGCCCCGGGAGUUCGAGGCUUCAGUUGGGUGGUGGAGGUGGAGGAGUCGCCAGGUUGAGAUCUUCGUCGCUGAAGAAGCCCCCUGAGCCGCUGCGCCGAGCUGUAGCCGAUUGCCUAUCGUCCUCCGCGGCUAGCUCCCACCAUGCCAGCACUUCCUCCACUGUGCUCCUCUCCGAAGCUUCUAGAAUUCUUCGGGACUAUCUGGCAGCCCCUUCGACGAUGGACUUGUCUUACAAUGUGAUUUUAGAACAUACCAUUGCUGAGAGGGAGCGCAGCCCAGCAGUUGUUGCAAGGUGCGUGGCACUUUUGAAACGUUACCUUUUAAGGUACAAACCUAGUGAAGAGACAUUACUGCAGAUAGAUCGGUUUUGUGUAAACACCAUUGCUGAAUGCGACAUUGGUCCAAACCGGAGAUUGUCUCCAUGGUCACAAUCAUUUGCAUCCACAACAUCAACAGCAUCAACAACAUCUACAAAUAUUGUUCCUUUGUCUGUACCUAGUUUUGCUUCUGGGGCGCUUGUGAAGUCAUUGAACUAUGUGCGCUCUCUAGUGUCUCAACAUCUUCCAAGGCGGUCAUUCCAUCCGGCUGCUUUCUCUGGAGCCCUCUCUACAACUAGACAGUCUCUUCCGAGUUUGUCUUCUUUGUUGAGUAGAUCCUUUAAUGCGCAACUAAGCCCUGCACAUAGUGAACCUUUGGAGAAUAAAGAUGUCACAACUAUGUCUAUUUUGAACUUAUCAAACAUUGAAAAGGUUGAUGGAAUGGGAGAUCUUGAAUACUUUGCACUUGACGUUCUCAAGUGGCGUUGGCUUGGGGAACAGCAGUCAUCAUUCUUGGCGACUGACAGUGAUCGUAUUGUAAAUCACCAAGACAUGAGAACACAUAAUCUACUAGAAGUAGGUGCAGCAGCUCUACUUGUUGGAGAUAAGGAUGCUAAAAUGAAAGGUCAAGCUUGGAAGUAUUUUGGAACUGCUGGUAUGCCUUAUCUGGAUCAACUGUUGCAACCUUCACCAGUAACAACAAUUACUGAUUCUGCCGCUGCGCGUUCCCACUUGAGAGCAAUAACAGCAUCUAAGCGCACUAAAUCCGGCCCUCGUCAAAUAUGGGAUGAUUCUCCGGCAAGCACAUUUCGUCCACGGGCUAAGCCGCUAUUCCAGUAUCGUCACUAUAGUGAACAACAACCGUUGCGGUUGAAUCCUGCUGAGGUUUGUGAGGUCAUUGCUGCAGUUUGCUCUGAGUCAUCUUCGCAGAAUGCUAAUGUGAUGACAGGAUCAUCUAGAUUAAAUAAUAACUAUGGAAAGCCGUCGAUGGAUGCUGCAGUGAGCGUCCUUAUCAAACUUGUUAUUGACAUGUAUGUUUUGGAUUCUGGAACUGCUGCACCUCUCACUCUGUCUAUGCUCGAGGAAAUGCUUAAUUCUCCAAGAACAACAUGUAGGGUUCGUGCUUUUGAUUUGAUUUUGAACCUUGGAGUUCAUGCUCAUUUAUUAGAGCCAAUGGUGACCGAUAACGCUUCCACGAUUGAAGAAGAGUAUUCUCAAGACUCAUAUUUUGACAGUGAAGCUAAGCUUGCAACACAAGGCAUGAGAAGAUCAGAUUCUGUUCUGAUGGGCACUUCCUCAGCUAUUCAUAAUUUUGAAUCUUGGAUUUUAAAUAUUUUAUAUGAGAUAUUGCUUCUUCUUGUUCAGAUAGAAGAGAACGAAGAAUCUGUCUGGGCUUCUGCUCUUAGCUGUUUGCUUUAUUUUGUCUGUGAUAGAGGCAAAAUCUUGAGAAACCGGAUAAAUGGCCUUGACAUAAGGGUUAUUAAGGCACUACUAGAAAUUAGCAGGAAGCAUUCUUGGGCCGAAGUAGUUCAUUGCAAGCUUAUUAGCAUGUUAGCAAACAUGUUUUAUCAAGUACCUGAAGGAACCAACAAGGCUGUUUCAAGUACCCAAUUGUUUCUGGUGGAGCAAGUUGAUCUGAUUGGUGGAAUAGAGUUUAUUUUUCUUGAGUAUUCACUUGCAAAAUCAAGGGAGGAAAGGAGAAAUCUCUUUUUGGUGCUUUUUGACCAUGCCUUGCAUCAAAUAAAUGAAAUAUGCAUAGCUACCGGAGUCACUGAGUAUAGUGAUGAUGAGAUUCAGCCUCUUGUUGCCCUGCUCAAUCUGGCUGAUGCGCCCGAAGCUUUUUAUAUAUCUGUUAAGCUUGGGUUGGUAGGCAUCGGGGAAAUUUUGAGGAGUUCUAUUUCUGAUGCAUUGUCUAGAUAUCCAAACAGUGAACGGCUAAAUAUGCUGUUGGACAGUGUGAUGGACAAACUUGGUGCAACAAUAAGUUCAUUUACUCAUUUGGACACGGAGUUCUCACAUAUGAUGCAGAUAACCAAAUCUUACAAGUCUCUGGAUAGCAUUGAAGGGGCUGUUCUGAGAAAUGGUGCUGGCAUGAAAGCAAAGCUCUCAUGGGCCAUUUUACAUUCCCUUCUUCAUUCAGAAAGAACUACUUACCAUCGGAAUGGGUAUGUCUGGUUAAGUGACCUGCUUAUUGCAGAAAUUAGUGAGGAAAGGAAUACAAGCAUAUGGUCAAAUAUCAAAAGCAUGCAGCAGAAAAUUGCCCAUGCUGGUGUUCAUGAUUCUGCAGUUGCUUCCGAUGUUCCUUUGCCCAUUUGGCUUAUGUGUGGGCUUUUGAAGUCAAAGCACAACUCAAUCAGAUGGGGCUUUUUGUAUGUUCUUGAAAGGCUUCUCAUGAGGUGUAAAAUUUUGUUAAAUGAAAAUAAAAUCCAGCAAUCACUUGGAAGUGAUAUUGGCAAUAUACGCAAAGAUAGCCGUCUUGAGAAAGCUAAUGCAGUGAUAGACAUCAUGAGUAGUGCCUUGUCCUUGGUUUUUCAGAUAAACGAAACAGAUCGCAUCAAUAUAUUGAAGAUGUGUGACAUCCUAUUCUCUCAAUUGUGCUUGAGAGUUCCUCUAGCAAAUGCAACAGAGUUUGGAGAUGAUUCACAGCUUGGUAGGGUUCUUAGUUCCAUGGAGGGAAAUAAAAAAGUUGAUGAGAAAGAAAAUUCUGACCAGGAUGUCCGUAUGGAAGAAGCCAGUGGCAGACCUGUCCACAGUAAUAACAAUCGUCUUGAUCAUGAGACAGAAUCAAUGGCAGCACUGCUUCUUCGAGGACAUGCCAUAGUUCCCAUGCAAUUGGUUACACGUGUUCCAGCUGCUUUGUUCUAUUGGCCAUUGAUUCAACUUGCUGGUGCAGCAACGGACAACAUUGCAUUGGGUAUAGCUGUUGGAAGCGAAGGAAGAGGGAACCUUCCUGGUGCCACAUCUGACAUACGAGCUACCCUUCUGUUACUUCUAAUUGGUAAAUGUACUGCAGAUCCUGCUGCUUUCCAGGAUGUUGGUGGGGAACAAUUUUUUAGGGUACUCUUGGAUGAUACAGACUCGAGGGUGGCAUAUUACUCUUCAGCUUUUCUUCUGAAGCGGAUGAUGACAGAAAAACCUGAAAAGUACCAACACAUGCUUCAGAAUCUUGUCGUUAGAGCUCAGCAGAGCAACAAUGAAAAGCUGUUGGAAAAUCCAUAUCUUCAUAUGCGUGGAAUACUGCAGCUGGCGAACGAUCUUGGAACUGAGUUGUAAUCUGGUGAUGCAGAUUUGUAGAUGUUGCCCUUGACUUGUAGAAGAGUGCUUCCAAGCACAGAGCUUUGUCCCACCUCUAUGAUGCUUAUGCUAUUCUUCAACUGGGAUAAGCUUAAUUUUGUAAGCAUACAUGAAACUCUUCGGAAUAUGAUUUCUGAAGGUACUUCAAGUGGCUAAGAAAUGGAGUUGAAGACAAAAUUUUGCAGUUCUGACAAAAAAUAGUAAAGACAGAGGGUAGGAGAUGUAUUCACUUUUUGGAUAAUGCUGGAAAGUCUUUCCUACAGGACACAAUGCUCCAACAUCAGCAAUCAGUGCCUUGUGGUUGUCUUUCUCAGAUUAUUAGAAAAUGCUGAGACAGAUUGAUAUCUACUUCUCAAAUCUUCCUCUCCAUAUUGUACAAUUAUGUAGUCAAUUGUUGGGGGGCGCCUUUGUUUUGUAAAAUAUAUGAAGUUCAUGUUCAGCUGAAGGAUUAUGACUGGGGACUCGUAAGAAAAGAAGUUACGAAGAGCGCAAGUCGUUCAAGAAAAUUUUGGAAAUGCUUAAUUUUUCUUCUGCCUUUCGUUCUGCCAUUGGACAUUGCGAUUCAUGGGCCUAACAUGUAGGCAUAUCACCAGUGCAGUUAGUGUGCAUUACGAUGCCAAGAGACCUUAUGGGAAACUUUUGGAAAAUAUACUGUACAGAAUCAAGAUUUCCAUUUCCUCAAAGCCUUCAUUAUGUUUUUGUAAUUCCUGAAGGCGAUCUUGAUGCUGGCUUUUAUGAAAGGCGUACAUGGGUAAUAAUUUUUUUUUUCUUUUUACAUUUGUUAACUCAUAGAGGUUCCAUCAACCCGACAGCAACGAGAAGAGAAUCGAUCUUUGUAUGUCUAGUGGACUGGAUACCAAGGUAUUAGAGGGUAAGAUUGGAUGCUAGGCCCUCGAAUUCCAUUAUUAGGGGCAUUACUGGGUGUCUGUUUUUUCAGGGCAUCCUAAAAUGUGCCUGCUAUGAUUUUUGGAUAUUCAGGUUUAUUUUUGACAUUGUAAAUAUGUGAUUUUUUUCCCCUUUGUUUCCUUCGACUAAUUGAUGAUUGUUGUAAAAUGGCUGUAGAGAAAUUUAGCUUUUUGGCAUGGCUGUUGAGAAAUUUUGUUUUUCAUGUAUGACAUCCAAGCGAUUGAUUUCUGAGA